AUAUCCUAAAAAAAUAACCUCAAAAAAAUGGAAAAGCGUUCCUUUGCAGAAUUCGCUUUAUAUUUUAGUCCUGAUUAACGAAGAUUUAAUUGAAACUGAGUUAAAGCAUCAAAAUGAAUCGAUACAAGCAUAAAACGUAAAGUAAAAAUAAAUCGUCACCUAUUUAACGAGAAUCACCAAUUAUGAUGACCACCUUUGAGAAUAUAAUUGAAUAGAUGUUGGAAUAAAAAUGAUUUUCAAAUAUAUUAAUCGGCAACUUAAUAAUCACAAUGCAUUUUUGGUUGCCCGUUUUUAUUCAAUUCUUAUUGAAGAAAGUAUGCUACGAUUUUAUUGCGUUAAUUAAGAUAACGAAUACAUAAAUCAAGAACAAUUCUUGGUUUGUGAAAAACAUGUUUGAUAAACCCUUGUAUUUGAUUCUUUUAAUAUUUCUUUCUUUCCAAUCGUUUAGGAAAUAUGGUUUAAAUGGGGAAGAAAUAAAUUUGGACCUUGUUGUAUCCGCUUUUGAAAAGACCGUUAAUUAUAUUCAUAGGAAUAAAAAUAAAAUGAACGUCGAUGCAAUGUUUUUAACGGUUUUAACUCAAGCUAAUAUAAAUUAUUUGAAACUAAAUAAUGUUAUAAAGAAAAAGUAUUUUAAUAAAAUUAUUAAUGUGGAGAAUAAAAUUUUAGAUGCACAUUCGAGAUUAAAAGAAAUCGAAAGGGAAAGCUCAAGAAAUUAUUUAUUUAAAAACACUAUUUUAAAUCCACAAAUUUGGAAUAAACCAAUACAAUUCAGAAACAACACCUUAAAAGCAAAUAAAUUUAACAGGAUUAAAAUAAAUAAUUUGAAUAAAUUAUUCGAUUAUUACAAAAAACAACGGCUUAACGAACAAAAUUCCGAUGCUUGUUUAAUGGAAUUGUUACAACAAUCUCAUCGUUGUAAACAAACCUCCAUAAUGAGCCCAUUUUGCAUUAAAACAAUGGGGUUAUUAAAUAAUCAAAGCUUCGAUCGUGGAUAUGGAAUAACCCACAGCUUAUUAUACCUUCAAAUUGCAAGAUCUCAACGCUGCAACAUCAACGAGACCGGUUUAAAAGAAAAAAUCAAAAACUUUUGUUCCGUUAUUUUAUGGGAGAUGAAAAAAAUCGCUGAAUUUGGGUUUCAUGAUGUUUUUGAUGAUUUAGUUUUAGAGCAAGUGACCUUAUGUGGAUAUGAGGGAUUCUCCGAGUUCUUUUCAAGCAAAAUUAUAGAUCAUAUACUAAAUAUUCAAGAUGAUUUGGGUUGUUUUGGAAUCGAAAAGGAUUUUGUGGGAAGAAUUAAACGAGAGAGUAAUUUUUUUAACGAUGGUUGUACUGAUCAUGCCACUGGACUUGGACUUUCCGCUUUAUCGCUUAUUUUACGUUUUAUUCUACGAUAAAAAUAACCUUUUUUAUUAAAAUUAAAUUUUAAAAAUAAAAAAAAUGUAGCAAUGAAUUUGAUGUGUAUAUUGAGUUGCCUACCUUUUUUAAAUUAAUAAUUUUGAAUUAAAAGAAUCAAAACAUUUAA